CUAAACACUGACAUUAAAACUAAAUAGAAAGAAAGAAGCAGCUGGAUCACUUUUAACUUUUCCUUUUAGUUUCUGUUUGAGCUCUGAUUGGUUGGAUCAACAUUUCCCUCCAGAUUGAAUCAACAACUGGACAUGAUGAGAAUGUGGGUUCUGGUUCUGGAUCCCAUCAGAACAUCUGUGAGCUCAUUAACACUCUCCAGAACCAGUGAGAGAACCUAGAACCGGCUGGAACUGCAGAGGUUCUGGUCCAGAAAACGGGUCAGGUUGGUUCCGAUUGAGCAGAAAUCAAAUAUUCUCCAGAACUAACAGGAAGUGGAGGAGGUACAGGCUGGGCCUCUGGUUCUCAUCAGGGCUGAACCUUCGGUUCUGGACCUCUGGUUCUGAUGAGGAGGACGGACCGGAGGGGUCAGACUGGACCUACAGGAUAGCUGCAGAUCGGCCCGGUCUCGGUGUCUGACCCGGUUUGGGAUCCGGGCCGACCCUGAAACCGACUCGGGUCAGCUGGGAGCCGUCCAACAUCUGCCAGCUUCCAGAGCAGGAUUAACCCGCCAACCAGAACUGGGAUCUGAGGAAACAUCUGCCUGGAGAGAACCAGGGGUCCGGUUGGGUUCCAUCUGAAUUGGACCAGAACCGCCAUCUGGUCAUGGUCCAGAUAUCAGAACCUCCAGCUGAUGCCUUCAUCCUGGACCUGAUGCCAGAACGGCUGCAAACUGAAGCGGGACCGGCCUCAGGUUCCGGGUAAUCCGGUUCCGCUGUGCGCCAGCGGGGGGCGCUGUGAUGCUGCCGAGGAGCCGCUGAGCCAGCGGGGAGUCCGCAGGAGGAGGAGGAGUAAUCGGACACCGACCCCCGGAGCUGCUGCUGGCUGCUCAGAGUGAAGCGGAGCCCGGCGACAGCGGCGGCGGGUCGGUCAGUCUGUCAACCCCGCGGACAGCGAGCGGAGGAGCGGCGGAGCAGAGUGGGAGUCUCCGGUCUCCCUGCGGAACUUUCCCCGGCUUCAGCUCUCCCAUCGGCGGCUGCCGCUCCGCAGCGCUGCGUGGACGAUUAACGGAGUUGUGUGAAAGUGGGAGAAGUCGCGUUUCCGGCAUCCUGACAGCCCCCACGAUGAAGAAGAACAGCUCCGGGAAACGGGGUCCGGCGGACCCCGGCCAGCAGAACCCAGCACCAGACAAAACGGGCUGGAUCAGGAAGUUCUGUGGGAAGGGGAUCUUCAGGGAGAUCUGGAAGAACCGCUUCGUGGUUCUGAAAGGAGACCAGCUGUUCAUCUGUGAGAAGGAGGUGAAGGAACUGGGCCGGGCCGAUGAAGUUCUGGACCUGUCCGACUACGAACGCUGCGAAGAGAUCAGGAAGAACAAGAGCCGCAGCAAGAAGAACCACAGCAAGUUCAGACUGCAGCGCUGCAGCUCACCAGGCAACACGGUGCCCAACCAGGUGUUCCUGGCCGUCAGCCCGGAGGAGAAGGACUCCUGGAUCAACAUCCUGAACACAGCCAUCACCAGAGCCAAGAACCGGAUCCUGGAUGAGGUGAUGGUGGACGACUCCCAGCUGUCACACCUGACCAGAGACCGAGUGAAGAUCCCUCAUAACCGCCGACUGCCCACCAGAGGCCACCUGCUGGCUGUGGGUUCCACCUCCUCCUCAGACGGGAUGCUGACCCUUGACCUCAUCCAGGAGGAGGACUCCGCGUCUCAUAAAGGCAUCGCCUCAGAACCGCCGGCCCGGCCCGGUCCGGACUGUCCCAGGUCCCAGACGGACGGGUCGCUGGCGGACCGGACCGCUGAGUCGUCUUCCAAGUCCCAGAGCCUUCCCUGCGAGACGGCCGUGUGGCAGAAGACGGGUGCGGCCCAGACCCCCCAGCAGGACCGGCGGCUCGGCGCCGCGGAGAAGAACCGCUGCGCCUCCAUGGACGAGAUUCUGAACCCUGACGCCAAGAACCAAACCCCGAACGGAACUGGCGGAACCGCGGCACCGCUCGGCCGGCUACAGGAGCUCAUCGACCAGAAGCUGGAGCGGACGGAGCGGCUACUGCUGGAGGUCCGGACCGACGCCGAGCCGGGUGGCGCCAAGGGCGGGAAGCCGGCGCCGGACGGCCCGCGGGCCGAGGCGGAGCGGCUCCUGAAGGAGGCGGUGGCUGCCUGGACCCAGUCCCGGCAGGUUCUGGAUGAGAUCCAGGAGCUGAAGGCGCUGUACCGCCAGCUGGAGCCCGGCUGCCCCAACAGCACCAAACCCAACCGUAAGAGCCUGAUGUGAACCGGGCCAGACCAGAACCACAGCCCGGUUCUGGACUAUGCUGGGUCCUAAUGACUUCCCUGGUGUUCCGAAGAGCAGAACCUCAGAUUCUGUUUCCCUCAUCAAGCCUGUCAGAAGUUCCUGUUCUGUUGGACCUGGCCGGGUCCCUGAAGCUCCGCCCACAAACACCUGAGCAUCAGGUGUCCUCUCAGGUUUCUGUGGUUUCAGGAAGAACUUUGACCCGAGGUUCUGGUUGGACCAACUCUUGGGUUUGGACCCACCUAAAAUUCUGCUGUAAUUGAAAUGCUGCUUUUUACUGGGUUUUGAUCCGGUUCAGUAUCUCAAACCCGGAUCAGAACCAACAGACGGAUUUUGAGAGUUCUGGGAGGUUCUGAAGGAAACCAGCUGAUUUUUUUCUGCAGGGAAAAAGUUUCAGAUGUUUUUAUUACAAAGUUGAUCGAAGUCAACGUCUAUGCAGAUGAUGUGGUUCUGUUGGUUAAAGGUCCGAUUGGUGUGAGGCCCGGCUCCAGAGGAGCAGGUUCUGGUAGAGGAGGAAAUGAUCUGGGUCUACGGCCACAUUCCAGUCCUGAGAUGCGGACCAGAACCGACGGAAGCUGGUUCUGGAUGGAGGCAGAUAAAACCGGGUCAGGGGUUCUGCCUCAGUCAGGACUGGAUCAGGACAAUCCUUCUCGUUCAGCUCAUUACUGUGACAGUCUUUCAGGUAUGACUAUAGCAUUAGCAUUUCCCAUCAGCCACUUGAAUUUUAGGAUGACGGCUGUUUUUCAAGAUGGCUGCUGCUUUUUACACCCUUUAAACCAGUUAUUACCAUAAAACGUUUCCCAUUUUCAUGACUCGGAUGAACUUCAUGUGACAUCAUGUUUUGGUCGUCCGGUUCAUGAAAUGUUAAGUGAUAAAAUGCAACAGGAUCAGAAGCUCCACACCAGGCAUCACCUGUCAAGUUUUGGACAUUUUUGGCUGUCCACUGCUACCGUACCGUCAGAGCGCGGCAGACGUAUGAACGACGGCAGGAAAGAAGAAAAAAUAUGGCAGUUUCAAAACGGGAGAUUUGAAGAAGACAACAGUCAGCUUUUUUUUGUUUAGCAGUUUAGCGUUAGCUUAUGUUUUUAAUGCAUUUAGCAUUUGCUAGCAUAUCAUUUAGCAGCUUAGCAAUAGAAUCUGCUAAUUGUUUUAAUUCACCUAAUGGUUUAGCAUUAGUGUAGCUAAGAUUGUAGGUUAGCCUACUGCUGGCAAUAACUGAUUUUAUUGCAACCAUAUACUAUCCAACAACCAUGAUGGCCAUUUUGAAACAUAAGAUGAAGAAAAUAUGAUGCUAAUGUCUCAAAAUAUGUAGGCUGUGAUUUGACACCAAACACAUUCAUAUAAUUGGUGAUUUUAGUACCAAAACAAUGGCAGCCAUCUUGAAAAAAUCUAUUUUAAAAAAUGUAUUAUCAGACAUGGGUUAAUUUAUAUGAUUUGACACCAAAGUAUGCAUCUGUGAUAAAUAUUUUCAGUUUUAGUGAAAAAAAUUCCAGCAGUGGCCAUCUUGAAAGAUGGCAGCCAUCUCCAAUUUUUCAGUGGCAGUGUUUUUUUUCAAAGAAGCAAGCCCCGGUAACAUCUGUGCCAAGUUAGGUUGUAGCUUCCGCAUGUUACCUGUUGCUCUGCGGCGUCUCCACUGGGCGGAGAACCUGGCUGUCCAGAACCGUCCAAAGGUUCUGUUGGAUCCACAGAGGGAACAGAAGGUCCAUUUGAGUUUUAGCUCGUUUGGCUUUCUGUGGAACAGAACUGACCUGUUCACACCUGCAGGUUUUCUAGAAGGUUCUGCUGAGAAUAGCUGGUUCUGACUUUCCCAAGCCGUUCAGAACCAGAACCUGCUGCUUCUCAGGUAGAUUUAAACGGACCGGCCGGACCGCCAGGCUGAAUGUGCCAACAGUUCUUUGUUCCAUAAAAUUCUGGUUCGAUCCAGAGUGUUGGAUCGGACCUCCCAUGUGGUGUUUCUUACUCAGACUGAUGGUUUCUAUGGAGCAGGAGGUACCGGCAGAUCCAUUUCAGGGUUCUAACAGAACCGCUGACUCCAGCUGAUGGACCGGCUGGAGAAGAUUCCUCAUGCAGGACAAUCGGCUUUUCCUCCUGUGUGGUUCCGUUUCUUUGGUUCGACCCAAACUGCUCCAACAGUCAUGAACCAGAACACCACCACUGAUUCUGGUUCUGUUUCGACCAGCUGGUUCUGCUCCGUAUUGGUACGAUGUUGGACUGAGCUCUCGUGGAUUUUUCGCCGUUUUCCAGCCUCAGUCGCUUAUUAUCUAAAUGUAUUCCUGUGGCCUUAAACCCUGCAGGGGAUCAUGGGAGAUGUAGUUCAGUUGAGAUGGGAGCCACUGGAGCAGCUGAGAGUUCUGACCUGUUAAUGUGCUGAAAUAAAAUCUGUAAAGUGAA